GUGUACAGCAUGACAGAGCUCCAUGAAGCUGUGGCUGUGGGGGACUAUGACCUGGUGGAAAAGAUUUUGAGGGCAGGGCACUGUGACCCAAACCACAAGGAUGCUGACUGGCACGACAGGACCCCACUGCACUGGGCUGCUGCAAGAGGGCAAGCAGAGCUGGUCAAGCUCCUGGUGGCUCAUGGUGCCCGGCAUUGCCUCCGGAGUGAUGUGGGCUGGACCCCAGCUCACUUUGCUGCAGAGUCUGGGAGGCUGGGGGUGCUCCGUACCCUUCAUUCCCUGCACGCUGCCAUGGAUGUGCCCGAUCUCUUUGGCCACACUCCCAAGAGGUUGGCAGAAAUCUACGGCCACCAAGACUGCUCCAGGUUCUUAGAAAGAGCAGAGGUGGAGAGCAGAAGCUAUCUCAGGACAGCUGCCAUGAAAGGAAUCACCUUAGACCAGAGAGAUGAAGACUGGGAACUGAAGAAAGAAGAGCUUGAGAGAAAUCUACCAUCUUCUCAGGAGAACUACACGACCUGUCCUCAAAAUAAAAAUAAAAUUAAAAAAAAGAAAAGGAGGAAGCAGUAG